AUGUCUAGAAACUAUUUUAAGUAAAAAGUAUUAUUGACAUUUGGAUACAAUGGAGCAAAUUAUCAUGGAUUAUAAAUCUAAAAAGGAGUAGAUUUUGAUACAGUGGAAUCAAAGCUUUUUGAAGCAUUAAAAGUGUCUGUAAUGUUCAAAUUAAUGAAUAGAACUUAAUAAUGGAAUAGAAUGGAAAUGAUUUAUCAAAAUCAGGAUGGAGUAGAGGAGCAAGAACAGAUAAAGGAGUUCAUGCUUUAUGUAAUUCAAUUGCAGUGAAAUUGUGCAUAAAUAAAGAAUUCUUUAAGGAUGAUGUAUAAUAAAAUGAGGAGGAAAUUGUAUCAAAGUAGAAGGAUAAAGCAAAGGUAGAUUAUGGUAAAGUAUUAAAUGUAAUAAAUUCCAAUUUGCCUAAUGAUAUUAAAGUUCAUUCAAUAAAAUUAGUAACUUAGGGAUUUGAUGUUAGAAAAAAUGCUAGAUAUCGAUUUUAUGAAUAUAUAGCUCCAGUUUCACUUUAUUCUGAGAAAAAAGGAGAAGAGAUUUUGGAGAAAGUCAAUAAUUUAGUUAAAAAAUUUGUAGGCACACACAAUUUCCAUAAUUAUAGCAGAGGUAUGAAAUACACUGAUCCAUAAUCAAUGAGAUAUAUAUUAUCUAUAUCAGUUGAAUUAUUCAAAUAUGAAGAGAAAGAGUUCUUUAAAUUUUUGAUUCAUGGAUAAAGUUUUAUUUAUCAUUAGAUAAGAAAGAUGAUGGGAAUUGUUAUUUAAAUUUUUUAGGAGGAAUUACCUGAUACUUUUAUUGAUAAUACAUUUUUCAAAAAUUAAUUAAGAAUAAUUUUGGCACCUGCUGAAGGAUUGUUUCUUAAUCGUAUAAGUUUUGAAGGAUAUAAUACAAAAUUUGAUAUACCUUAAAGAUUGGAAAUUGAAGAGGAAGAUUAAAUUAAGAUUCACUAAUUUCGACCAAGUAUAUAUAUAUAUAUAUUUUAGCAAUUGUGAAUUUUAUUUGUGAGUAGGAAAUUAAAAAUUAAACGUUUUCUAAUUGGUUGAAGAUUUUAAAGGAAAAGAAUUUCAAUAUUGAAGAGGAAGAAGAUAAUAAUAAAGUUGAGAAUGAUGAUUGA